GGCGGGCGGCAGAUAGGCGGGCGGCGGCGGCGGCGCUGGGUGCGGGGACACGUGACGGAGAUCAUGGAGCUGAGAUGGCUACUCUGUGUGACCCUGCUGGCUCUUGGAACUCUUGCUGUCCAAGCACAUGAUAUGGAUGAUGACAAUGAGGGUGAUGAUGUUGUUGAUAUUGAAGAUGACUUGGAUGAUGGGAUUGAGGAGGCAGAAGAGCUGAAGCCUGAAACAAGCACUCCUCCUCCAACUCCAAAGGUUACCUACAGGCCCCCAGUCCCAACUGGUGAGGUGUAUUUUGUGGAAUCCUUUGAUAAAGGAACUUUGGAUGGAUGGAUCCUGUCCAAAGCCAAAAAAGAUGAUACAGAUGAUGAAAUUUCCAAAUAUGAUGGUAAAUGGGAAGUCCAAGACAUGAAGGACACAAAGCUUCCAGGAGACAAAGGGCUUGUGUUGGUAACCCGAGCCAAGCAUCAUGCAAUUUCAUCCAAACUUUCAAAGCCUUUUGUGUUUGAUACCAAACCCCUUAUUAUACAGUAUGAAGUAAAUUUCCAAAAUGGAAUAGAGUGUGGUGGGGCCUAUGUGAAAUUGCUUUCAAAAACCCCUGAAUUGAACCUGGAUCAGUUCCAUGACAAAACUCCUUAUACAAUCAUGUUUGGCCCUGACAAAUGUGGAGAGGACUACAAACUGCACUUCAUCUUCCGGCACAAAAACCCCAAGACUGGCAAAUAUGAGGAGAAGCAUGCAAAGCGUCCAGAUGCAGACCUGAAAACUUACUUUACUGAUAAGAAAACCCAUCUUUAUACUCUGGUCUUGAAUCCUGAUAAUAGUUUUGAAAUACUGGUUGAUCAAACGGUUGUCAACAGUGGGAAUUUGCUGAAUGAUAUGUCUCCUCCUGUGAAUCCACCUCGAGAGAUUGAGGACCCAAAUGACCAGAAGCCUGAGGAUUGGGAUGAGAGACCAAAAAUUCCAGACCCAGAUGCUGUCAAACCAGAUGACUGGGAUGAGGAUGCUCCUGCAAAAAUAGCAGAUGAAAAUGCUGUGAAACCAGAGGGCUGGCUGGAUGAUGAACCAGAAUAUGUAGCAGACCCUGAUGCUGAGAAGCCUGAAGAUUGGGAUGAGGAUAUGGAUGGUGAAUGGGAGGCACCUCAGAUUGCAAACCCUAAAUGUGAGACAGCCCCUGGCUGUGGGACCUGGCAGAGACCAAUGAUUGACAACCCAAACUACAAGGGCAAAUGGAAGCCUCCUAUGAUUGAUAAUGUGAACUAUCAGGGUAUAUGGAAACCUAGGAAGAUCCCAAACCCGGAUUUCUUUGAAGACUUGGAACCUUUCAAGAUGACUCCCUUCAGUGCUGUGGGACUUGAGUUAUGGUCAAUGACUUCUGACAUCUUUUUUGACAACUUUAUCAUCUGUACUGAAAGAGCUGUGGCUGAUGAUUGGGCCAAUGAUGGAUGGGGACUGAAAAAGGCAGCUGAUGGUGCUGCAGAGCCUGGUGUUGUGGGCCAGAUGAUGGCAGCUGCUGAAGAGCGUCCCUGGCUUUGGGUGGUCUACAUCCUCACUGUGGCUUUGCCAGUGUUCCUUGUUGUCCUUUUCUGCUGUUCUGGGAAGAAACAGCCAAGUGCUGCAGAAUACAAAAAGACUGAUGCUCCUCAGCCUGAUGUGAUGGAUGAGGAAAAAGAAGAAGAAAAAGACAAAGGAGACAAGGAAGAGGAGGAGGAGGAGGAGGAAGCAAACGAGGAAAAGAUAGAAGAGAAGCAGAGAAGUGAUGCUGAUAUAGGAAGUGCUAGUCAAGAGGAGGAGGAAGAGGAUGAGGAAGAGGACAGGAAACGUGCAUCAGAGGAGGAGGAAACUGUGAAUAGAUCACCCAGAAACAGAAAGCCAAGGAAAGAUUGAAAAAAGUCGUAAGAACUUGACCUGUGAUUUAUUAUUUUUUUUUUCCAAACAUGGUUCUGGGAGAGGACCUUGGACACCUUACAUUGAAACUUGGACAAACCUCAAGAUUUCACCAUCCACAGGUUCCAGUCACACUAUCCAAUGUAAUGGAAUGUCUAGCAGUAAAAUAUUUGCAAUCAUCUGUUUUAAAGAACAUCAUUCCUGUAGAAAGAAUGCAUUUAAUAUAAUGGGCUGUGGAUUUUGGAAUGUAACAUAACUAACCUUUUUAUUUUUGGUUCUAAAUAUUCUUUUCUGGUUUUAAGUAGAUUGGUAGAGCUUUUCCGAUCUCAGACCUUGGCUUAAUUUAAUAUAUUAAUUAGUGAAAAAUAACAAUGAAUCUUGAAAGUGAUAGGUUAUAAAAAUGCAGUUUUAUAACUAGUUUUUUUACAAAUACGUAAAUUCCUAAGUGCACCAAUGUCUUUAUAUCCCCUCAACUUUGUUAAUUGUUUGAGGAAAAGUUGUCAAUGUAUUUGACAACCCUUCUGCCCUCAAAAGAAAACAGAACUGGGGAGGGGAAACCAAUUGUGAAAUUUUCCAAUCACCUUCAUUCUUCUGUGGGGAGGGGAAAGAUGAAGGGGUGGAAGGAAGGAGUUAGUCUAUAGAAUAUGCAUACUAUGCAUGGCUAAAGCCUUGUUAAGUGUUGACAAAUGAUCUGGGAUUUGGAGUGGGUCAUCUAAAUGUGGCAUUUAAUCCUUUGGACCUUGAAGAUAAUGGAUUUUGUUAGUUCUUGAACUUUUUGUAAAGCUAAUGGGUUGUUGCAGGAGGGUGGGGGGGGGUGUUAUGAUACUUCCUCCUUCCCCCCUCCCCCUGUUUUCCUUUCUCUGUGACUAUACAGCUUUUUUCUGAGUGCAGCUUUGCCUCAGUUGCUGAAGUGCUUCAUGUUCAGCUCAUCAUCAAACUGUUUUCCUAGCUCAGCCUACUCCUUUCCAGGGUCCAAACACUGGAUAGGACAGUGUCCCAUUUCCUCUCACUGUUAUCACUGUAUGUCUACUCCUGUAGAAUGGGCAAGGUAGUCAGGUAGACAAGUUGAACUGAGUAUUUGUUAAGAAAAAAAAAACAAAAACAAAACCAAAAAAAAAAAGAGAAAAGAAAAAAAAAAAACAAAACAAACCACCAUGAUGUCAGUAUUGUAGGUGGGGAAGGAGCAUGUGGAAUAUCUUAACUGGUAUGUGAAACUGUUUAAGUCUUUUAUCUGCUCUUCAUGUAACAAAUGCAUCCUAAAUUAUAUUGUGAAUGUUAGGGAGUUCCAAUUCCAGCUGAAUAAAUUUUUUAAAGCAUUGAGUCUACAACAUUAUACUGUUUCAAACACUUUUUUUGUGGAAUGCAGGUGAUCACUACAAGAUCAUACCUCUGAGGGUGAAAUCUAUGUAACUUCAUUACACUGUACCAAAUAUGUUGGCUUUUGGAUGUCUAGAUAGAUAAAAUUUUGCCUUUGUUUAGAGUGAAAUUAAAUGUCCUGAGAUUUUUCUUCUUGCACUGAAUUUAAACACUCCAGUGUUGUUUGGUCAUAGCAUAGGUAUAGUGGGGGGCUGGGGAGGGAAAUGUGUUCCAAUUACUUGCAAACAAUCCAACCAGUUACUGAAAAACUCUUCAUUUUUGAUUGUGGGUUUGGUUUUCUUUUUGUAUGGUGUUUUUUGGUUUUUGGUUUUUUUUUUUUGGGGGGUGGUGGUUGGUUUUUUGUUUGUUGGUUUGGUUUGGGUUUUGGGUGUUUCUGUUUGGUUUUUUUCUUUUUUUUUUUUUUGUAAAACAUCUCACUGCCUGUCCUCAUGUUGUAUCCCUUUCUUGUGUUUGAAAUCUUAGUGAUCAUAAAUGCAUAGCAGGAUUUCUUGAUCUCUCUGCAGUGUGCAAAUAAACUCUUGUAAGCAAGAUUCUGGAAGUAAUUUCAGACUUCUGUUGGGAGCUAUUGCAUGUUUAGAAUGCCUUUGCCUGUUGAACACCUGGUAAAUACAGCUCCUUAUUGCAAAAAUAGCUUAUACUCUGACACUGAAGAUGUCAUAGCUUAAGCAUUGCUACUAGCUUGUUCUCAGGACUGUAUUUUUAUCAAGGAGCAGCUGCUAUUUAUGACUCAGUCCUUUGAGAUGGAAUAGAUGUAAAUGGUUUCAAUUCAGCUAACAUUUGGAGCACAACAAAUCUGUUAAUCCAAUGUUUGUUUUUUUUUUAAUCUAAUAUGCAAAUUGCCUUAAAUUCCUAAACAAUUUGUUUGCAUACGUGUUCUUUCAAAGCAUCAAAAGUGAACUUAAGAUCAUCCAUCAGCUUUAACUAGUAUUAUAUUAAAGCUAAUUGUAAAACUACAUUUGCUUUUGCUCAAUCUCCUGAUGGUCUCCUGUCUGCAUGUUACAGCUUUUUUAAUACCCUAGUGUAUGCUUCUUUAAAUAAUCACUACAAUAAAUGAAGACUUUCCAAAAU